AUGAUGAUACGAGACUUGUUGAGAUUUAUAAUGAUUAUUGGAGGAUUUACCAUCCUCUUCUCAAUAUUUAUGCCAUUAUUAUUGUUAAAACCUCCUUCAAUUUCGGAUGGUGGAAAGGGAAUCGGAACGAACAGAAUUGCUACAAAUAUUGAUAUGAAUAAUCCAGCUUCUGUGAAGGCAAUUUUAAAAGAAUACAGAAAGGAACAUACUCUUCCCUAUUAUUUUGAUAGAUAUUUAAAAACUUUAAAAAUUGAUGAUUUAUUGGAGGAUUAUGCCGAGUUUCAUCAAAAGCAUAGGAAUACCUAUUGUUCAUCAUCGGAUCAAAAAAAGGAUUUUCCUUCUGUUGGAGUAUUAGUAUUUAGACCAUGGCAAAGCAGUGGAUUGGCCAAUGUUAUGAUUGGUCUUACUUCAAGUUUUUUACUUUCCAUACUUUCGGGAAGGUUGUUCUUUAUUAAUUGGUAUGGCCACUAUUAUUGCAACAUUCAUGCCAAAUCACUAUUCACCAAACCACAUGAUAAAUUUGAUUGGUGGUAUGAAGACUUUAUGAAUCCUGAUAAUGUCAACCAAUGUUCAGUCAAUUAUCCUAAAUUGAAAAUUCCAGGUAUUUAUGAUGAUAGCUUGAAAAACUAUUAUGGAAAUAUAGAAUUAACACACAGAGGAAGAGAAUCAGAUUACAUGUUUGAACUUUUAAAAUGUUUAAAUAUUACUGAGGAGUUUGAUAAUAUGGGACCAAUAAUUGAAGUGACAAGUAAUCAAUACUAUUUACCUCUACUCAUUCAAUAUAAUCCAUUCUAUCAUACAUUGUUAAAUACCAUGUUUCCUGAUGCUGACAUGUUUGGUCCACUCUCCAGAUUUUUAUAUCAUCCUCUUCCUUCUAUUCAACACAGAGUUGAUAAAUACCUUACAGACCACAAUAUUUACAUAUCCAACACCUUGCUAGGAAACAAGAAACAAGGUAACACUGUCAUGUACGGAAUUCAAAUUAGAAGAAACGAAAAUGAAAAGCAAAUAGACUGGUUUAGAGAAAAACACGAGAAAUUCUUUUGGAAAGCUUGUAGAGAUGAGCUAAUUUCAAAACACAACAAAAGAUUCCCAAAUAUGGAUUAUAAGAUUAUGGUCAUUUCAGAUAAUGUUACAGUUGUUGAACAUGCUAAAAAUGAAUUCGGACAAAAUAGAAUACUUCAUUAUGAAGAACAAAAACUAACCUUCUCUCGAGAUGGUGAAAGUGUUGUUGGAGCCCUCAUUGAUUCCUGGCUCUUCAGUCAUAGUCAUGGAUUUGUUGUGAGUAAGCAUUCAACUUUUGGUAAUUUGGGACACGGCAGAGCGUCCAUAAAACCUUUUAUUGUGUACCAUUACAAUAAUGGCGAAUCAUGCACAUGGUUCGCUCCUCAAACCAGUGAACCAGAAUUCCAUUGGUAUGGAAGGCAUAGGGAAAUUACAUCAUGUAGAGCUGUGGCAUUGAAGAGGAAGCGAAAGAGACAAGAUUAG